AUGGCUCUUCGCAAAGCCCUCGCUGCUUGUGCAGCUCUUGCUCUGGUGGGUGUCGACGCCAGCGUCUGUAGGCCUCAAUCGAGCGACGCCAUCUCUUCUUCAACAGUGAUCGAAUCAUCAACCAUUGUCGCCACGUCUUCUACCACCGAAUCGUCAACUGUCGCUUCCUCAACGACUAUAUCUGAGCAAGUCUCUUCAUCGGCAACCGUGUCCGAAGAAGCAUCAUCGUCAACAACUGAGAGCAGCGAAGCCUCUUCUUCAACUGUCGAGACCAGCACCACCAGCACCACUGCCGCUCCCACGUCGACCGGCUAUCUUUCCAACCCCGGUUUCGUCGAUAAUGGAGCUGGCUGGACAUUUGCUGGACAGGCCUCAGCCAGCGACCAGUACUGGUAUCACGAUGCUGUCGGCGCGGCUUAUCUAUCUGUUACGGCAACCGGACAAGACGCAGGGGCCUCCAUCUCCACCCCUCUCAGGAACCUCGUGCCCGGACAAGACUACGUGGUUUCCAUGUACUGGAGGCUCAACUGGUGGGCCUAUGCCGACGUGUGCUCCUAUGUCUUCUUCAUCGACGACCAAGAGCACACAAAUACGGUUCAGAUGAUGAACGGCUGGCAGCAGCUGUCGGCAAGUUUUACGGCGCCCAAGGCUGAUCCGGAGCUGAAGAUUCAGCUUUGGUGCUCAGCCAUUCCUGAUAAUGGAGAGUCUGACUGGGAGCCGUUAGUGAACGCCUACGUCGACGACGUGGCUAUCGCCGAGUCUAAUUAG